GUUGUUCACCGCCAGGAGAGAUUUUCUUUUCAGAUACACGUAUCGUGUUAAGAAUCAGACAACCACAAAGGAUUGCUCGUCAUCACAGACCCUCAGAUAGAAGUCUCUCAAAGGCAUCAGAAUGCAGGUUCCUCUUAUUCGACUGCAGUGUGGCUGCAACAGCUACGAUUGGGGAAAGAAAGGUAAAGAUUCGGCAGCCGCUCGCUAUGCUGCGGCCACGCCCUCCGACACAUUCUCCAUCCAGGAAGAUAAGCCAUAUGCUGAGUUAUGGAUGGGCACACACCCGUCUCUUCCCUCCAAAGACCUGUCUACUGGCCGCUCCCUCUUGGACAUGGUAGUCGACAAUCAAGGUCUGAUGGGCACCGAUAUUGCGACCAAAUAUCAGAAUAAACUGCCCUUCCUCUUCAAGGUGCUGUCCAUCGCAAAAGCUCUAUCCAUCCAGGCCCAUCCCAACAAAAAGCUGGCGGAGAAGCUCCAUGCCAAAGACCCCAAGAACUACCCAGACGACAACCACAAGCCUGAAAUGACCCUCGCCAUCACACCAUUCGAAGGUCUUUGCGGCUUCCGUCCUCUCAAGGAGAUCUCACACUUUCUAUCAACCAUCCCCCCUCUGCGAUCCCUCGUCGGCGAAGAAGCAUCGUCGGCUCUCGAGAAGGUCGCAUCGGACUCCAACGCCUCUGUGGCAGGAUCCAAAUCCGCCCUGAAAUCCGCCUUCAGCACCCUGAUGAAGUCAGACCGAUCUGCAGUCGCGUCCAAGUCCAAGGAACUCCUAUCGCUCGCCGAGUCCGGCGACAUCACGCCUGGACCCAGUGUCAACACGACUCCCGAGUUGUGCGAACUCGUCACACGCUGCAACAGCCAAUUUCCCGAGGACAUUGGCCUCUUUGUUCUCUUCUUCCUCAACUACGUCAAACUCUCACCGGGUCAAGCCAUGUACCUCAAAGCCGACGAUAUCCACGCCUACAUCUCCGGCGACAUUAUCGAGUGCAUGGCGUCGAGCGACAAUGUCAUCCGCGCCGGCUUCACGCCCAAGUUCCAAGACGUCAAUACUCUUACGGACAUUCUGACGUACGACCACGACCCCCCGGAGCAACAACUCCUCAAGCCGACGGACUACCCCUACGUGAGGCUAAACCAGGCCGCGUACAGCAGUGGAAGUGAGAGUCUGUUGUACGACCCGCCCAUCGAGGAGUUCAGCGUCGUGCGCACCGUUCUCAAGAAGGACGGGGCGAAGGCGACGUUCGAGGGCGUCGCGGGCCCCAGCAUCAUCAUCUGCACCAGUGGCCAAGGCAGGAUCAGCGUCGGUCCCAAGACGGAGGAGAUCAAGGAGGGAUGGGUGUACUUUGUCGGUGCGACGGCCGAGCUCGUGCUUGAGAGCACCGGCGAGGAAUUGGUCACUUUCCGCGCAUUCUGCGAGAUUGACGAUAGUGCCAAGGAGAAUGGGCAUUGACUAUCUGGGGCCCAUGCUGAUGUUAAAGGGAGAGGCAGGCUUUGAGGCGUGGGGGUUCCCCACGAGCAAAAGUGAAUCAAGGAAAUGCGCCAUGAGAAACUGUUGAUGAUGGGAAACACGAGCAUCACGAGUAACAUGGAUUCAGUCAGGUAUUUAGAUAUGAGUGAUGGGGAAAAUUCAAUUGGGCUACAAGAAAUGAUCUAUAAAUGUCCAGUCCGGCGGGGGAGUUCUGCGUAUGUGGUGUGUCGGUGGUGGACGAUACUCUCACUCUUACAAGUAACACGAUAUCCAAUAAUUUUCUCC